AGCAGAGUAAGAGUGAGCGAAGGCAGAGGACUGGGAAAUGGAGUGGAGCCCAUAGUUUCUUCUUGCUGUGAGGUUCUUUCCAAGGGGAAGGGGAGCUACGUGAAGAGAAAAUGUACCUGCCGCUGCUCUUUCUCCCUGUUUCCUGGCUUCUGGGCUGCUGCACUGCAGAGAGGGAUAUCAGUGGCCCUAGGACAGUGAGUGGCCCAGAGCAGGGCUCCCUGACCGUGCAGUGUCCAUAUGCUUCGUUGUGGAAGACCUACAACAAGUGGUGGUGUCAAGGAGCAGGUUGGAGCAGCUGCAGGAUCCUUGUUCAGACCAGUGCAGAAGAGCAGAAGGUGAAGAGGGGCCGUGUGUCCAUCACGGAUGACCAGAUAAACUUCUUGAUCAUGGUGACCAUGGAGGAUCUCAGGAUGAGUGACGCAGAUGUGUAUUGGUGUGGAAUCGAGAGAACUGGAACAGAUCUUGGGGUCAAAGUUCAAGUGACAAUCGACCCAGCCUCAGAACACUUGAACACGGUCAUGACAACCACGGUAAUCCAUCUGUCGUCCACGCCUUCAAGCCUUAAGACAACCAACGGUGACCAACCAGUGACUGGCAGAAGCCCUGACGCUCGAUCCCUACUGAGCAACGUCCACUUCCUGCUGCUGGUCUUCCUGAAGGUGCCCCUGUUUCUGAGCAUGCUCAGUGCUGUCCUCUGGGUGAACAGGCCUCAGAGGAGCUCGAAGUGGAGGGAGAGCCAGCAAGAUGAGAACCAGUGGUCCUGACGCCCACCUGUGCCCUCCAGCAUGGAGAAGACCCUCCUGUAGAAGACACAACAUCCUCCUCCUCCUCCCCUCCUCCUUCUC